CAUACAGUGCAUUUGGUGCAUGCAUUGCACGCAGCGCCACUGAUCAAAGUUCAUGCAUUGUAUGUCAAUGUGCGCAUGUGGCAAAACUUGGAUACUUUGGAAAUGAUCGGUUAGGAAAGCAUGCAGCAUAUGAUGGAUUUCAGUCUUGAUCACAUCAAAAAAUGGAUUUGGGCGUCUGUACACAUGUCUCACUGAAACUACACUAAGUGCCGGCUGCAGCUAUGGUGGGCUAUAAACCCCACUUGGAGAGCCGUCUGUCCCCCCUGGAUCAUGGCGUCGCCGGGGCAGUCUCCGGUAUGGCAACCAGAGCUCUCAUGCAGCCCUUUGAUGUCCUCAAGAUACGAUUCCAGUUACAAUUUGAGCCAGUACAUGACCCUGGGGAAUCUGUCCAGGGGUCGCGCGCCAAGUCCAAGUACACUGGUAUCCUGCAGGCAGGACGUACUAUCUACAUAGAGGAAGGGACCGCUGCUUUCUGGAAAGGUCAUGUCCCGGCCCAGGCUCUGUCCGUCGUCUUCGGAAUGCUACAGUUCACAACUUUUGAAUACCUCACGGAGACGGCCCAUCCGUUUCUCUCCAAGGGGCUGUCCACCGGUAUGGCCAAGCCGUUCUUCCACUUUGUGUGUGGGGGUGUGUCUGGGUGUGUGGCCACCUUUGCGUGCCAGCCCAUCGAUAUUGUCAGGACGCGAUUAGUUGCUCAGGGCGAACCUAAGUUGUACCAUUCCAGUCUUCAAGCAGUACGUAUGAUGUACGGAGAAGCCGGGGUGUUGACGUUCUUCAAGGGUCUACUGCCGACCAUGCUGCAGGUUUUCCCACACGCUGGCUUCCAGUUUGGCUUCUAUGCACUCUUCAAAAGAGUCUGGGAGGUUGUCAUGGACCAGCCCGAGAAAACCUCUGGCAUCCAUGUACCAACGGCCUUGAAGUCCUUCACCUGUGGUGCCUUAUCCGGCCUCUGUGCCAAAACAGCAGUCUACCCUCUAGACCUCGUCAAAAAACGCCUCCAAGUCCAGGGCUUCGAAGAGGCUCGGAAAUCCUUCGGCAAAGUGCAGCGGUACAACAGCAUGCUGCACUGUGUGGCGUGCACCGUGAAGGAAGAAGGCAUAAGGGGCAUGUACAAAGGACUCUGGCCGAGUACACUCAAAGCCAUCGGAACUGUGGGCUUCACGUUUUGCUUUUACGAGAAGGCGUGCCACUUUCUAGAAAGACGAUACUUGUAAUUUCACUCUGAUGUACAGUCUGUGCAGUGCCUGGUGCAAUGUAGUUUUAUCCUGAGGGAUUCCUAGAUAUUUUUUUUUCUAAUUGAUUAAUACAUGCAUGCAUCGAAAGGAAACCAAAUGAAGUGUCUUUUUUUUUGAUAAACAGAAAUACAGCUAAUUGAGAAAGGUGAUAUUUUGUUAUUUUAAGU